GAAAAGCUCCUGCGCUGUACGCCCAACAUUGACAAGAUCUACGUGCUCGUGCGCCCGAAGAAAGGCCGAUCCGCCGCCGACCGUCUCGAGUCGGACGUCAUUAGCAGCGCCAUUUUCAACCGCCUCCGCGCGGAGCGCAGCGACUUUGACACCUUCGUGCGCUCCAAGCUGCAUGGCAUUGCCGGCGACAUCAACUCGGCUAGUUUGGGCAUGUCGCCAGAAGACGCGGCGCUCUUGAUCGAGAAGGUCAACGUCGUCGUGCACUCGGCUGCCAGCGUCAGCUUCAACGAGCCGCUCGACGUGGCCGUCGAGAUGAACUGCCUCGGCGCCAUGUACAUGCUCAACUUUGGCAAGCGCAUGAAGAACGUCGUGUCGUACGUUCACGUGUCGACUGCGUACGUCAACAGCAACCAGCGCAACUGCACGCUCGAGGAGAAGCUCUACCCGCUGGAUUUCGACCCGGAAGCUGCGAUUGCGGCCGUCACGAGCGCGGCGUCGCCAACCGAGAUUGAAAAGUUGCACCUCAACUUGAUCGGAACGUACCCCAACACGUACACGCUCACCAAGUCGAUGGCCGAGCACAUGAUCAUGAAGCACCGUGCGCACCUCCCCGUCGUCAUCUUUCGUCCCACGAUUGUCGGCGCAGCAUGGAAGGAGCCCGUGCCGGGCUGGGUCGACCAAAUUGCCGCUGCUGGCGCCAUCUUCUUGGCCGCAGGCAUGGGCAUCCUUACGAUCCUCCCGGGUAACCCGCGUAGCGUUGCCGACAUCGUCCCGGUCGACUUUGUCGUCAACGGUAUCCUCGUCAGCGGCUUUGCGCGCUCGAAACAGCCCGCAAGUGCACCGCCGCUCGUUGUGCACUCGGGCACGUCGGACCCGCGGGGAAACCCGCUGCGCUGGCGCGUCCCUAUUGGUACUCUGAGCGCAUACUUCCAGCAAAACCCGCCGGAGAAAGCGCUUGCCCCGUAUAAAUUCUCGAUGCAUUCGAGCCACCAAUUGUUCCAGCUGCACUGGUUCUUCAAGUACACGCUGCCAUCCUCCGUGUACUCGACGGCCGCCAAUGCCUCGGGCAACCCGCACCACAUGAAGCAGGCGUCGCGGCUCUGGACGCUCACGUGGCGGGCGCGACAGCUUGUCGAGCUCUUCAAGCCUUUCACUGAGAACCAGUGGGUUUUUUCAUCCGACAACCUCCUGCGCUUUGCUUCCAUGCCGGAGAUUGCGAGCGAUGCUUGGUUUGUGAACGCAGGCGAAAUUGUCUGGGAGCGGUACCUGCUCAACUACGCCGUGGGCCUUAAGAAGUGGAUUCUCCACGAAGACAUUGUCGACGUCGACAUUGAGGGCACGCAGCACACGGAGAUGGCGCUCAACACGGACCGCAUUCUCGAGUGGGACCCGGACCACCACGCGAUCUCGUUUCCGGGUCUUUUGCCCGACGUCUCGUGGGCGUUCACGUCUAGCCGCAAGCCCGGCUACACCAAGGCCGGCAUCUGGGGCCGCUUCAUGGGUCUCACUGGCUGGCGCGAGGGCAUGCAUCACGAGGCGAGCCACGUACCGCGCGUACCCGCCGACUCGAUCGCGUCCAUCCGCAAUGUGAUCCUCGAGUCGUCUUCGGUGCGCGAGGCCGUCGCGGCCAAGGCGGCAGCCAACCCGAAGCUUUCUCGGCACGAGAUCGAGGCCGAGGCGCUCUCGAUUCUGAACCGCAUGGCGUCCAACAUUGACUACUCGGCCGCGCGCAAGGCGGGCUGGCUCCUCCGCAAGGUGUGGCGUCACAUGUACGACAAGAUCGUGGUGGACGAAGCCGGCCUUGAGGCGAUCCGCAACCUCGUCAAGGUCCGCGAAGGUCCGCUCGUACUCAUCCCGACGCACCGCUCGUACAUGGACUUUCUCAUGAUGACGUACCUCUUCUUUGCGUACAACAUCCCGAUCCCGUUUGUGCUCGCGGGCGAAGACUUUCUCAAUAUGGGUGCGAUCUCGGACCUGCUGCGCAAGGGUGGCGCGUUCUUUAUCCGCCGGUCCUUCAAGAACGACCCAUUGUACUCGGCCAUCUUUACCGAGUACACGCAGUACUUGCUCGGGAAGGGCCACACGGUCGAGUUCUUCCUCGAGGGCACGCGCAGCCGCAGCGGCAAGCAACUGCGCCCUCAGUUUGGCAUGCUCUCGACGAUCGUCAAGAGCUUUGAAUCGGGCCGCGUCAAGAACAUUCAUAUCGUGCCUGUCACCAUCGACUAUGACAAGCCCGUGGAGCUUGGCGUGCACCAGAAGGAGAUGCUCGGUGAAGGCAAGAUCAAGGAGUCGCUCGGCGCGCUCCUCAAGUCGGCGCAUGUCUUGCGCAAGGACUUUGGGUCGAUCUCGGUGCAGUUUGCGCCCGCGAUCCACGUCAAGGAGUUUGUGGCCGCCCACGCCAAAGCCGACGUCCGUGACCCGGUGACGAACGAACCGAUCUCGCUCGUGACGGACCUCGCGUACGCAGUGACCGAGUCGCUCGUGCAAAAAGCCACGUGCACGCCGACGCACCUCGUCGCAACGAUCCUCCUCCUCUUCCGCAACGGCAUCUCCAAGGAGCAGCUCGUGGCCCAAACCGAUUGGCUUCGGUCGCAGGUCGUGCAGCGUGGCGGCAGAGUGCUGAGCUGCCAAGGUCGCAGCCGCGUCGCCAUUGUCGAGCGGGCGCUGGCGCUGCUGGAAGAGUUUGUCGUUUGGCGCCGGAAGGACCUCGUCGAGCCUGCCAUCACCAACCGCGACCAGUACCAAAACAUGAUUGGGCUCGGCUACUACCGCAACAAGGUACUUCACUGGUUCAACGAAGAAGGCGUUUUGGCCUGCGCCUACCAAGCGCUCGCCGCCAACGGCAGCAGCGAGGGCGUGCCCACCAAAGAACUGCUCGACAGCGCCGUCUUCUUGCAUGAAAUGCUCUCGAUCGAGUUUGUCUCCAAGUACUACGCGGACGGCCGAGCUACCCUCGAAAAGACACUCGCUGGCAUGGAAGAGCGCGGUAUCUUUGCGUCGACGGUCCACACGAUGACGCCGACGCCGACGAGCCAGUCGAUUCAAACGCUCUUGUGUGCGGCGAUUUGGCCCUUCAUCGACAGCUACUGGGUCGCGGUCGCGAGUUUGCUCGUGCUCAAGUCGGGCGACGGUAUGUCGCCGAGCGACCUCGUACGCCGCAUGCAGUGGCUCGCCGAGACGAUGUACCACGAACGCAUCAUUGCGCACUAUGAGGCGUGCUCGCUCGAGACGCUCCAGAACGCACUCGCGAUCCUCGAGCGCUGGAGCGUCGUGCACAUGGUCCAAGAGCCCGCCAAGACUCGCGGGGCCACGCCGCGGACCCUCGUUCUCCUCACGGCGCGCUACCACGACGGCAAGGAACUCGACGUGCUGGCGCGGCGCCUCGCGACCUUCCGCAAGGUGCCGCUGGGCGGUCCCAAGUCGAUGGACAUUGCAGACCUCCUCGCCGAGAUCCCGGGCCUCGCCAAGCUCUGAGCAUACAACAGCGUUUACUAGAAUACCAAUUUCUUGAAUAAAAGGCGCUUUAAGUGCAUGGGAUUUGCA